UUGUCCCAGACUGCUGCUCCUCUCCUGAAGCUACCUGUAGAGGUUAAAGGAGAGAGAGAAGAGAGAGACGACCUCUACCCCCCUCACCAACCCCAGGUAGGGGUGCCACCAUUCUCGUUCCUGCAGGUUCCUUUCUCCCACAAAGCACAACUCGCUCCUGAACUGACCGCCUGUCCCGCAGCUUCACCAUGCAGAAAAGUAGGCUCCAUGUCCCUCUGCUGCGGGGCACUGCUCGUUGUUGCAUCGCCCUGUGGAAAUAAGAGGAGGACAAGCUCUUCUCCUGCUGGGUGCCUGUCUGUACGGACCUGGAAUAUGAACUGCCAGCGGCUGCCCAAUUCAGUCUUCACCUUGCUCCUCUGCCUGGGUCCAGAGUUGCUCAGUAUAGGUACCUCUACAUUAAAGGAUGUCUAUUCCUUUUUCAAAUACACAUUAUCGCAUCCCACGCGGGUUUGCAAAUCUUCUCGAAGGGCUGACCAGGGAAGUUUUAAGACAUCAGCCUAAAGAUAUUCCACUCUUUGGUGCCAAAUACUUUUCACAACUACUACAACAAAGACAAGAUACUGACUUUGACCCAGCUCAGUGGGGAGCUGCUCUGGAGGAUAGAUUCUAUAACAACUAUGAUUUUCAGCAUACAGAGUUAAAAAAAUACACGUCAGAACCGAGUGAACUAAAGAAGAGUAAAAGAAAGAGCUUCUCAAUGCUUGAUAACUCUGAUACUUACCCAUUGUCUCCAUCAACUAGUCUAGAACAAAAGGAGAUUGAGACAGAUGAUAUGAGAAAGAUGCAAGCUGCCACCACAAUCCAAGCUGCGUUCCGAGGGUAUAAUGUUAGACAUAAAGUAAAGAUACACCAGGAAUCAUUCGUAGACAACUAUAUGAAACCUGAACCUGAGCAUGAAGAUACUGAUCAAGCUAAAGAGACAAAAUGUGAUUUGAUGGAAAAUGAGGAUUGUGAAUUUAACAGCAAAGCAGAUAAUAAUGAGAUGCAUGAUGAAAAGGUGGAGAUACCAGACUCCAUAUCAGCUGAUGAGUUGGUGAAAAGCGAAGAAUUUCAAGAAGCAAUCACAGACAGUGGAGAGAAAGAUGAAGAAAUAAAUUUAGUUGGCAGAGAAGGGAAAGAAAGGGAGUUUAAUAGCCUCAAACCGGAAGGCUCGGGAGGACAGGAAGUUGAUAGACAAGAACAAUUUACAGAAGUUUCAGAAUUGGAGAUUAAAGAACCUGAUGACAGUAUGCAAAAUGACACUAUUAAAGAUGCUACUUCUGAGGAAAAAGAAGAAAGAAUAAAUGAUGUUGUGGAGCAUUAUAUGAUAACCACUGGGAAGAGGGGAGAAACUACACAAGAUGAUAAUUUAUCAGAUCUAACAGAUCAGUCUGCUACCUAUGAAAUACAAAAUACUGAAGUGAAUACUACAAAUGAAAGUAUUCUGCCUGAUCUUUUGUAUUCCCAAACCAAUGAAUUGGAAAGCUCAAGUAACCAGCUUCUAGAUACUAGUAGUAAAGAGCCUAAUCCAUUAGCUGACAGUAACAUAGACAUUCUAAAUGAACAGUCCUCAGUACAUAUAGAUACAUCUGACAUGGAGAAUCUUAGUGGCAAGCCUGAUCCAGAGCUUUUACAUAACAUUAUGGAGAGUCUUGGUAACCAGACAGUUCUUGAACAUGAAGAUAGGAGUAACCUGGAAUCUCCUAAAGAGAAUGAAUCCUUCAGAAAACCACAAGAAGAAGCCCUUGACAUCCCUCUUGAUGAUCCUGAUGCUAAUGCAGCAGCUGCUAAAAUUCAGGCAGGCUUCCGUGGGCACAUGACAAGGAAGAAGAUGAAGGGUGGGGAUAAAGACCUGAAAAGCAAGGAUAGCAAAGAUGGCAGCAGCACAGGAGGAGAAAAUGAAGGUGAUUAAAGAAAACUGCAAUAAGGAAACAAAAAAGUGAAGCAGUGUGUCCCCUAGGCAAGAGUUAUCUUGUCAUAAGAUGAACAUUGCACCAACUAAAAAAUGGGCUCCUGUUUACUUCUUUGAAAAGAAAAUGCCCUCUGUGGCCACUGGAAGAUUGUGUGUGAAAUGCAUCAUUCAAUGUGGUGAUUUCUUUUUUUUUUUGUCUUAAUUUAUCAAAUAACUUAAUUGGAAGAAAAUAAAAAGGUAUUGGGGUAAAAUAUUUGUGCACAUUCUCUUUAAGCUUUGUGUUUUUUCAUGUUAUUUUACUCUGUGUUGCUUUGAUUAAAUUAUGGCUGCAUGCUCAAUAUGUUUUAAGAUAUAUCCAUUUUAAGAUUGCUUUAAUAUAGAUUUCAAUUUUACCAUUCCGCAAUAAAUACAUUUGAAUCUUGUAGUAUUUACUUCUGGAGCCUCUCUAUGAUACAUUCUUAACUUUUUCACUGCAAAAUACAAAUUAGGUCCAAUGUCCUGUGUUUUACUAAAUGCAAAAUAAAUUGAUUGCAACUGCAUACCGAUUUCUUUAA